GUAAUUUUUUAAUUGAUGCAAAUCACUAGACUUGAGUGAUUAUCGUGGUGCUCUAACGUAAACACACAUAAUCGGUUAAAUUGCUCCGUGUUCCAAACUGAUUCAUUCUUGACGUAGUUUUUCAAACGCUUACAAUUUAAAGAUCUAGUUGCUUCAAUUCAAUUCCCCCUUAACUUUUGGAUUAAUAUAUUUCAAACAAAAUGAGUGAACAGGAAUACGAUAAAGAACAACUGAGAAUCAUGCGUAAUGCCUUCAAAGCCUUCGAUCACGAAGACAAGGGUUUCAUCGAACAUGGCGAUGUCAUACAAAUUUUAGAAAUUCUAGGGCAAAAACUCGACGACAAAGCAGUCAAAGCCUUAAUCAAAGAAGUCGAUAAAGGCAAUACGGAAAAAUUGGACUUUAAACAAUUCUGUAAAAUAGCCUCGCGUUUUGUGGAAGUGGAAGAGGAUGGGCCAGUAUUGAUGGGUGAAUUGAGAGAAGCUUUUCGUAUCUAUGACAAAGACGGCAAGGGCUAUAUAACAGUGGAAACAUUGCGAGGCAUUUUACAUGAAUUGGAUGAUAAAUUGUCUAAUCAAGAUUUGGAUAUGAUUAUUGAGGAAAUCGAUUCGGAUGGCUCGGGUACGGUGGAUUUUGAUGAAUUCAUGCAAGUGAUGACAGGUUAGGUUUUUUAUUAGUCAUUUUACCACAACAUUUUUUUCUAAAGUGGUUUGAAGACAAAGAAGACAUUUUAUUUAAAUUUGCUUUCAUUUUUUUAUAUUCCUUUUAACUUUAAACAGAUAUUUGAUUUUGUUUAUUUAUUAAAGAAAGAAAAAAGAUUUCAGUUGACAAUUUUUCGUUUAAAAACUAUUUAUAAUCCACUGUAUAAAAUCACUGUAUUUAAUAAAAAAAAUAAUAUAAAA